AUGCUUCGCUCAAUACACACUGUAGGGAAUGUCGCGCGGCGCGCGUUCUGGCCGAUCCAUGGCACUCGUCUCAUGAGUGCCUAUGUCGAUCCGCUCUCGGGACAGCCUGCUGAACUACCGGAUAUUCAGCACGGGAGACUUAUCAUCGACAAGAAUGAACAACCUACCCCUCCACCUCCUUCAGAAACACUCGUUUUCGGAAGAACAUUCACCGACCACAUGCUGACUAUCGAAUGGAGCGCGACGAAUGGCUGGGAAGCACCGCACAUUAAGCCAUAUGGCCCCCUCAACCUGGCGCCGAGUUCGAGUGUGCUGCAUUAUGCGCAGACACUGUUCGAAGGCAUGAAGGCGUACAGAACAGAUGACGAUCGUAUCCAGCUGUUCCGCCCCGACAUGAACAUGAAACGGAUGAAUAACAGUGCAAGGCGUAUAGCGCUUCCCACAUUCAACAGCGAUUCAUUACUGGAGCUCAUCAAGAAGCUCAUUCGCAUGGACAGACACUGGGUACCGAAGGAGCCAGGACACAGUUUGUACAUUCGACCAACACUCAUCGCAAGUCAGCAGGCCAUCCAGGUAUCCCCUCCAACCGAAGCAAUUCUGUUCGUUAUCUGCAGUCCCGUCGGGCCAUACUUCCCCAAACCAGUCUCAUUAUAUGCGACGACUGAAUAUAUCCGUGCUGCACCUGGCGGAACUGGCGCGUUCAAGUUGGGUGUCAACUACGCUCCAGCCGUAAUGCCCCAGAAAAUGGUUGCUGAGAAGGGUUAUUCGCAAAAUCUCUGGCUACACGGCCCAGAACAUUAUCUGACCGAGGUGUGUGGCAUGCUCUUCUGUUCAGAUGAUGCCGUCUCAAUAAUAUCUCGAAUUCGUCUUGAGAUCGUCACACCUCCCCUCGACGGGAUGAUCCUCCCUGGUAUCACUCGCGACUCUGUAUUGCAACUACUGAGAGACCAUAUUUCCGGCACACGCCCUAUCCAAGGCCUCGACAAAGGGGAGAAGCUCACCGUCUCCGAGCGCGGCAUCACGAUGAAAGAGGUCAAAGACGCGUCGCAGUCAGGAAAACUCGUUGAGCUCUUCGGCGCUGGUACUGCUGCCAUCAUCAGCCCCGUCCACAAGAUUGGUUACCUGAACGAAGAUAUUGAAGUCCCAACAGGGCCUGACGGCAUGGGACGAAUCGCUCGAGCGAUAAGGAAGGAAUUGUCUGACAUCCAGUGGGGCAAGAUCUCCCACCCUUGGUCCGUCCCGGUAGACGAGUAA